AUGGAUAACAAAUAUAUCGAAGAAUUCGAGCAUUUAGAUUAGGAUUAGAAAAGCCAAAUGUUAAAGAGCAUGAAAUAAUUCAUAUCUCAAUUGUAGUUAUAGAUUUAAGAACUCGAGAAGAGUGCUAUUGAUAUUAUAAUGGAGAAGGAUGAAAAAAUAUAAUAAUUAGAAGCUAUGAUUUAAGCCAAUCAUGGAUCUAGAUAAUAUAAUAAAGAUGAUGAAAUUAUGCAACUCAAAAAUCACAUAAAUGAAUUGAAUUAAAGGAUUGACGCAAUUUAGAUGAAACAUUUCGAGUAAUUAUAAGAAUAGGAAAGAAAGUGGAACACAUACCUAUUGGAUCAAAUGCAAUAGAGUAGUAAUGAUGGACAAUAAGAGAAAAUUGAAAUGUUGGAAACUUUACAUUAUUUGGAAGAGAAGGUAUACUCGCUUGAUAGGGAGUUGGAAAUGAAAGAGAAUUAGUAGAUGUUUGAUAGGAACACUAUCAAUUAGUUGACAAAUAUUAAUUAAUAGUUAUUAGAUGAAAGUUAAGAACUAAACUAACAGUUAAUCAAAAUGCAAAGACAAAUGGAAUUAAUGAAGGAACAUUUCUAGAAAGAGAAAAAUAGCAUAGAUAUUAAACUUAAUAAAUAAAAUAUCCAAAUAAGUUAAACAUCAAAAUAGGCAUCUGCACUAAAGCUUUAAAAUAAUAAAUUAACAUAAAAUAACAAAGAACUACUCUGUCAGAUAAAUGAAUUGAAAGAUUAGUUGGAAACACAUAAUGAAAGCAAAGACAAAGUGCACUCAGAGAAUUAUUAAUUAUAAUAGACAGCUCAUUCAAAUGAUUAGAAUUAAAGAGAAGAUAUCAAUAUAACAGCUUUUGAAUUAUUGGAAGAUAGUUAUGAAGAUAAAGACUUGACUACCCAUCUUAGAAAGGCCUUAGAUGAAAAGUCAGAAUUAUGCAUAUAAUAUGAAGAAUGUCUUUGUAAAUCAACAAAAUAAUUGAAGGAACAAAGAGCAUAAUUAUAACUCUUAUAAAAUCAGCUCAAAAUUAUAAGGAAAUAAUAAUUUAAUUAGAGGAACCUUAAAGAAUAUGUUCAGAUGUUGGAAAGUGAUUACUUGGUUUCAAAAUAAUUAUUAUGUGAGAAGGCUGAUAAAUAUUAAGAAUAGGUAAUAUUAUUAAGUUAAGAAAACUAUGAUCUUAAAUAAAAAAUGAGGUGUUUCUAAACUAGAUUACAUAAAAAACUUAACUGA